AUUUGCUUGUGCAUCCUUGCUGUGAGUCUGUAAUUUAGUACUUCAUUGUUUUCGUUUGCCCAGAGCGUGACUUUCUAGAAACCCCAUCGCCUCUGUCUCCAUUCACAUCCUUCAAGGCGGGAUCGUUCGUCACUCACUCCUCUGCCUCUCCUCUCCUUUCCGUCUACUUAUGGUUUCCCUUGCAUAUUGAAAUACCGUCACCCUUUUCUCUCUUUACACCAUACAUAUUCUUUUUUUUUACUCUUUUUCCCAGAUAUUGACUCCAUCACAACAGUACCAUCUCUCCUCUCAUUACUGCUCCUCUCAUUACUGCCAUGUCCAGUGCGGAUAUUCGUUACAUCUGUCAGCGAGCAGCCAACGCUAUCAUUGCUGAACUGGGGCCUUACCGAGUAUCCACUGAUGCUUUGCAAACGAUCAACCAAUUUUUGGAUGAGUUCCUCGUAUUGCUGCUGACGUCUUCUCUUUCAUUGGACCUUUCAUGCAUCAAAGCGACCACGUUAACUUUAUUAUCUUCCACAUUGGGGAAAAAUGCGAUCGUUGAAGCUGAACUCGAAGUGAAGACCUAUACCGAAACAGAAUCUGUGGAUUACGACACGUAUGAGAAGAUGCGCGCUUUAGGCACCACUUCCGAAUUUCCGUUACAAGAAGCAUUGCCUCUUUUGCGAAUGAAAUGUUUCGAAUUCUGUACAUUAGCUGACAAAGAUGAUCAACGCUUGGCCGCCACCCGGUCUUCCAACUCCAUUGUCAUUUUACCUAUCGUAGCCAUCUAUAUCACCACCAUUCUCGAACACAUGGCCGAAUACAUUCUCACAGUUAUUGCCGUCAUGGCGGAACAUGAAGAUACCGAUUAUAUCCGCGUCAAGGAAGUAUUCCUGGCACUCAUUGAUGACGCUCAGUUGAGUGAUCUGUUCCAGCACAUGAACGCGUACAAAAAAAUCGAGAAACGAGCGGGUGCUGGGAUUGCCCGAUCACGGUUAUCCACCAUUUAUCCGUCAUCAGCUGAAUCACACAAGCGAGAUUCUGCGAAUGUGGAGCAAAAAGACAAUGGCGAAUUUCUGGAACUUCAUUUGGAUGAUUUGGAUUUUGAUUACGAAAUCGACGACGAGCCACUGUCAUCAAUAUCACAGUCUGCCACGCUUGGAAUCCAUAAUCGCUCGACGGUAUCCGCCUAUUCGAUCAAAUCGAAUAUCACUUAUCGGCCCAUAUCUGUUUUGACCAACGAGCGAAGCAAUUACACGAUAAAUACAAUUAGCAGCAAAAAGGCGUUUAAGCUCUUCAAAAAGGAGACCGCUGUCCAUCUUCACCCUCCUGAUUCCAGCAUUAUUGAUGCAAUCUAUGAUCCUGACGCGCCCACGCUAAAUUUUGAAGAGCUCGUUCGUUCGGGCAGCACCAUGCGCGUUUCUUUGACGCCCAAUCGUUUGCGCUCAAUUGAAGUCAAAGAUCUUAGCGUAGACGAGCCGCCAGUCAUCCCAUGGGACCGUCGAUCAACCUCUACCUCCCGUCUUUCAAACAGUCAUCAACGACCCAAGAGCCCUCCUCCCUUAUCUACCGAAAAAACGAGCCGUUCUUUGAAUGGUGUCUUCAGAGACAGUGGGCCAGCCCUGACACUGCCCAAAAAAUCAUCAUCAUCCGCCAUGUUGUCAAAGGAAGUACAUGACCAGCCCAACGAGUCAACGAAGCCAGCUGCUAUUCCUAACUCAGACAGUCAAAUAACCAUGAAACAUAGAGAGGCAGACGAAAGUGCUUUACCCACGCCCAAGUCUUCCAUUUCAUCUCGAAAAUCCGAGGCCCGUCCAUCGCUGCCGUUUACAGAAGUUGCCUCAUCUGACGAAACGAAAACCACGGAUACCAAAAUGAUAAAGCGAAGCACGAGCAUUACAGACUACAAGGGCGAAGUUAAGGUGUUACGACGCAGCAGUCUUAGUAGCCGAAAGAGUAGAGAAAACUUGCGGCGACAGCGAGACGAGCAUGCAAAGCAAGUUGAAUCGCUAGAGAUACCCGUUCUACCAAAACCAUCCCCAUCCAACGAAUCACUCAGUAGCAGCGAAACAAUCACAUCUGAAUCGUUUUCGUUACCGACCACUAGCAGCGAUGAAACCGAAAUAGUGGAAUCACCCAAAUCGAUGGGUUCUGUGCUGGAGAUACCCACUGUCAACACGUUAAAGCGCAAGAGUAACAAGUCGGCUCCCGAUCUCACGCAACAAAGCGAUCAAGACAAGGAAACUGCCGUCACCAACAAAACCGAUGCUGGUGACAAACCUCUACGGCCUUCGAGCAUGGUAGCUCAACGAGCAGCUCGCUGCCAAUCGUACCAUGAGAAUUAUGGUCUCGCUUCCAGCAGAAAGCCAGAUCCGUUGCGUCAGCGACUAUCAACAGCUGGUACUGUUGGUCUGUCCAUCAAAGCUUGGGAUGAAAAAUCCAAGCAGACCACGGAUAACGCGGAGCCUGUGAUUCGAAGAAGAUCGAUGAUGCCACAAUGGUAUUCUGGAUUACAAGAAGAACAGCAAGGCAACAACAGUGAAUUGCCUCGACCCACCCGAAAGAAAACCGAAAGCGCGGUUCUUGAUAAAAUUCUGAAAUUCGAACAAGCAAACUCGGUCGAUGAAUUUAUUCAAAAACGUGCGUCCUAUAUCCCUCGGCGAGAGCGUUUCCUGAUGUUACAGCGAGAUCCAAACGCAUUGGAAAUCAAGUCGUCGCUUACGAAGCCCAAGGUUGCCGGUCAAGAUAUUGCCGUCCAGACGGAUACGAUCAAAACGAUGCCAACCCUGGUUGUGACGGAACCCGAUGAUACUCGAUCUUCCAUGUACGCCAGCAGUGUCAGCAGUGAACCAGGCAUUAUAGAAAGUGAUGAAGAAUGGUUCUUGCCGGAAGAAGAAUGGGAAGAUACACAAGAGCAGGAAGGAGCUGUGGUAGAAUGGCUUCUCGGUGAAGCAUAAAUGCGAUUGCUUCGCAUCGUAAAUGAUAGACCCAUUGAUUCACCUUCGUUCCUCAUUUAUCCUCUUUAGAUUAUAAAAAAUAAAUACAACAUAUAAUAGAGGGUUUGUCAAAUCGUUUA